CUCGACGGUCUAGUCUUCCUCGCUGGCCAAUGCCCUAUUAGUCCCGAUGGCUCUGUUUUCCAGGGUUCUAUUGCGGAUAAAGCCAGACUCGUGUGCGAAAACGCUAAGACUUUGCUGGAGGCUGCUGGCAGUUCGACUGCGAAGGUUAUUAAGGUUACUGUCUUUUUCCUGGAUAUUGAUCGUGAUUACGAUGACUUCAACUCGGUCUACGUCCAGUAUUUCCCUCACCUUCCCGCAAGAAGUGUGAUGGAGGUAUCCAAGAUUCCUCCCGAGGGAAAUUCCUUUGAGAUGGAUGUGAUUGCUCUGAAAUAA